GAUGGUUCGUUCACGAGCCACACCUGGAUAAAUGGAACGUUGUACGGUAACGUCGCUAUGUAAAUUCCCUUGGGAAAUCUUCAUAGAUUUUUAUCUGUGGCGGCGCAGUAAAACCAUGUUAAUCCAUUACGAUACGAACUGCAACUUUCCCGACGGAGUUUAUGGUCCUUUCUAUAUAGUCAUUUUGAAGUAUCACUGAAAGUGAAGAACACUCCAGAAUUUUACCUGAGAUCUCAACCAACAGUGGAAAUAGUUUCUCACACUAAUUAUUCCRUAAUAACUUUCGUCAGGGAGGUAGAUUGUGAGUCAGUCUCACAAUGAACUGGGCAUUCCUCCAGAGCCUCCUCAGUGGGGUGAACAAGUACUCCACGGCGUUCGGCCGCGUGUGGCUGUCCGUUGUCUUCCUCUUCAGGGUCAUGGUGUUUGUCGUGGCAGCCGAGAAUGUGUGGGGCGAUGAGCAAAAAGACUUCACGUGCAACACGGCCCAGCCUGGCUGCCACAACGUCUGUUACGACCACUUCUUCCCUGUGUCCCACGUCCGCCUGUGGGCACUGCAGCUCAUCUUCGUCACAUGUCCCUCUCUCCUGGUGGUAAUGCACGUAGCCUACAGAGAUGAACGUGAGCGUAAACACACACUAAAAUACGGUGAGGGCUGCCAGAAAAUCUACAUGAACACCGGUAAGAAGCGUGGAGGGCUGUGGUGGACCUACGUCCUGACCCUGGUCUUCAAGAUGGCUGUGGAUGCCACCUUUGUGUAUUUAAUCUACCAUAUCUACGAGGGCUAUGACUUCCCCUCCCUCAUCAAGUGUGAGCAGAAGCCUUGUCCCAACAAGGUGGACUGCUUCAUUGCUCGCCCCACUGAGAAGCGGAUAUUCACCAUCUUCAUGGUGGUCACCAGUUUGGCUUGUAUCCUGCUCUCCUUCUUCGAGAUCCUGUACCUGGUGGGGAAACGCUGUAAAGAGGUCUUCACCCGUAUGCACAAGAACUCACCCUCCUCCACCAUCCAGCCACGCCAGAUGGCCAUGGCUACCUCCCUGGUGGUUGGUGGCAAGAAUGGAAUGCAGUCCAACUCACUAAAGCUGCCCUCAAUAAAGCUACCCAGCAAGGAUACCUCAGCCCCAUCGUAUAGCGUUGUCGUGUAUGCCUGAGGUAAAGACUGGACAACGACAUUAGAGACUGAAUGAGAGAAUGCAAAGAAGACAAGUAAGUAUGGAGGCAAUGGGAAAUAUCUUCCAUUUAUCUUCAGGCCCUCACUGGGCGAGAGAGUUCUUCACUGCCAUUCAAGACUUCUCAUUACCUGAGCUACAAUGGAACUGGAUGGCUCUUGACAUUCCUGGAUAACUUGUUUACCUACCAUUCUGUCAUUGACCGGGUUAUUAAACAAAUCAAUUAGUCACUUUAAAUAAAAUAUCCAUCAUUUACAGAGGAAAGUUUCACGCUAGGGCUGGGAAAUGUAAUUUAUUCUUAUGUUAUUUGUUCGCUGUCUACCACACCUCACAACUUUACCAGGGCUAUUUUUAUGAAAGGACUCAACCAUUGCCACACUGUGCCCAUACCAUUGCUGUUCUUAUGCCCUGGAGAAGUUGUUUUCCCUGUCUCAUCCUCCAUUACGAAUGGCAGAGACUGCAUCAGUCUUUGUUGUGAAAAAGAUGGAGCAAAGAGCAAUGUAUUUUCAGACAAUUAAAAAUAUUUAAUUUCUUCUAUGGA